CGCAACCACAUCUCACUUCCGCUUUCCUUUCCCCGGAGCAAAGAUGGCGGAAUACGACCUCACUACCAAAAUUGCUCACUUUUUAGACCGUCAUCUCGUUUUUCCUCUGCUGGAGUUCCUAUCGGUCAAAGAGAUCUACAAUGAACAGGAACUUCUUCAUGGAAAACUGGAUCUCCUCAGUGAGACAAACAUGGUGGACUUCGCCAUGGAUGUGUACAGAAGCCUUUAUUCCGAGAAAGAAAUCCCCCACACUCUAAGGGAGAAGAGGACGGAGGUGGUGGCCCAGCUGAAGCAGCUGCAGUCCGAGACCGAGCCCAUUGUGAAGAUGUUCGAGGACCCAGAGACCACAAGGCAGAUGCAGUCCACUAGAGACGGACGAAUGCUCUUUGACUACUUGGCCGAAAAGCAUAACUUCCGUCAGGAGUACUUGGACACGCUGUACAGAUACGCCAAGUUCCAGUACGAGUGCGGCAACUACUCCGGAGCGGCAGAGUACCUCUACUUCUUCCGCGUCUUGGUCCCAGCUACCGACAGGAAUGCCCUGAACUCUCUGUGGGGAAAGCUGGCCUCCGAGAUCCUGAUGCAGAACUGGGAGGCAGCCAUGGAGGACCUCACCCGCCUGAGAGAGACUAUCGAUAACAACUCCGUCACCUCCCCUCUCCAGGCCCUUCAGCAGAGGACAUGGCUCAUUCACUGGUCCCUCUUUGUCUUCUUUAACCACCCCAAGGGCAGAGACAACAUCAUUGAGCUCUUCCUGUACCAGCCGCAAUACCUCAACGCCAUCCAGACGAUGUGCCCGCACAUCUUGCGCUACCUGACCACAGCGAUCAUUACAAACAAGGAUGUCCGCAAGCGUCGGCAGGUCCUGAAGGACUUGGUGAAGGUCAUCCAGCAGGAAUCUUACACCUACAAGGAUCCAAUCACCGAGUUUGUGGAGUGCCUGUACGUGAACUUUGACUUCGACAGUGCUCAGAAGAAACUCCGGGAGUGUGAGUCGGUUCUGGUCAACGACUUCUUCCUGGUCGCUUGCCUGGAGGACUUCAUCGAGAACGCCCGCCUCUUCAUCUUUGAGACCUUCUGCCGAAUCCACCAGUGCAUCAGCAUCAGCAUGCUGGCGGACAAACUGAACAUGACCCCCGAGGACGCCGAGAGAUGGAUCGUCAAUCUCAUCCGCAACGCCAGGCUGGACGCAAAGAUUGACUCCAAGCUGGGUCAUGUGGUGAUGGGGAACAACGCCAUAUCACCUUACCAGCAGGUGAUCGAGAAGACCAAGAGCCUCUCGUUCCGCAGCCAAAUGUUGGCCAUGAACAUUGAGAAGAAGCAGGCCCAGAGCACCAAGACCGAGACACCGAACUGGGCCGGUCAGGACUCUGGAUUUUAGCCACACAACAGGACGGAUCCGCCCCAGUCAUCGAGUCACAGCUUCUUUCUUUUCAUUUCUUUUGUUUUUUUUGGUUCUC